CUUUCAAACAGGAUGCCAAUGGCAGUAGUAGUACUACUAGUAGUAGUAGUAGUACGCUUCGCAAGAAUCACACGAGAUUGUGAGAUGCAAGGAGCGCUUUUCAAAAGCUGUGCGAUGUGUCCUUAGAAGCUUGAGCUUUGAGGCGCACAAGCCGAGCAAACUCUGUGCAGCGAACUUUCAAAGCUUUUGCUUGGUGCCAUUCCGUUUAUCCUGCGCCUUACCUGCUUCUCAUGAACAAGGCUGGAAAAAGUAUUGGAGAAUGUGAUGGGCGCUAGCUGAUAGAUGUGACAAUCACAGCACAAAGUCUAGUAGACAGGCGCUCACAACAGGUAAAAGUAGAGUGUUGCCGUGCGGAGCGAAUCCAUGCUAGUAUAAUCUUGACUUUCUGGUUGCUUGAGUUUUGUACACAAUAGGGCUUUGAGAGGGUCUUCAUUAGGGUGAGCUCUAAGAAGAGCCCCACACGAGAGGAACCAGUUUUGAGCUCACACAGUCUGCACAAACCUAGCCCCAGAGGCAGAUCUUCUGCAAGACUUACCUUGAGAGUUUAGCAUCUCUCUAGCAGAUUUCUAGCUCUUUAGGAUGUCGUUCAGGAACUAGACAUGGAGGCAAGUGCACGCCAGACAGUAGCCGCAGCCAAGGGGGGCCUGAAAGUCUCCACCCCCCGAGCGCCCAAACCCAAGCUGCCUGUCUUCAUCGCCGCAGUCAUAGCAGUGGGCCUCUUAUGUCUGGGGAAAAUGUUUCUCUUUACAGAGUGGGGCACGGGGUUCACUCCUGAGCUGGAUGAAAAGAUCCGGCUGGGGGAGAUGGAUAUCAACCCGCAGGACUUGGAAAGAUUGGACCGGACGCUUUUGAAAAGCGACAAGCCGCUGUAUCCGAUCCUGCUGGAACGGAAGGAGAUGAGCGCCGCGCAGCGGAAGAAAAUGAUACAGGAUGCGGUGGAUAAGCAGUUGUUGCCAUACAUCAUGGAGAACCGCACGUUCACGAUCCAGCAAGUGGACAAGCUCAAGAAGCGCAACAACUUUGCGAUGCGGGUGAUCAAGCACGGGGACAACCUGACGAUCGUGCAGACGGAGCAGGAGAAAGACAACUGGGCGUACUGGUAUAGAAUGGAUCAGACGGCGAUCGCGCUUAAGGCGAUGCAGCGCAUUGGAAUGCUUCCGCACAGGUUCGAUCUGGUGGUCAAUCUGAAUGAUGAACCGAACAUGUCGCAGCGGGACUUCACACUGGGGCUGCCGCCGCUCUUCAGUUACUGCUCCACUCCAAGGAACUAUGAUCUGUUGUGGGUCGGUUGGCAGUACUGGCGGUGCCUCAGCACGCGCCACUGGGAGGACUUCAUGGCCGAGCCCGACUGCCCUAAACCCUUCAACAUAACCGAGGCCGUGCAUAACCACCCCUGGAAAACGCGCAUCCCCCAGGCGCUCUGGAGGGGAUCCCCCACCGGGCGCCGGCACACGGAGUCCAACUGGCGCGUGAAGCCGAGGCCGCUGUUAGCAAUGAUUUCGCAGGACAAUCCGGACGUGUUGAAUUGCACGUUGAGCAAGUGUCAAGAGGGGCAGUGUACGGAGGAGGCGGUGGAGCAAAUGCAGCAAGUGGUCGGGUUUCAGGACAAGAUGCUCAAAACCAAGGAUUAUUUGCGGCAUAAAUACUUGGUCGACGUGGACGGUAACUCGUACAGCUCAAGGUUCGCGUUGCUGCUGUCUACGGGCGCGCUCGUGUUCAAACAGGACACGCAUUACGAAGAGUUUCUAGACCUGUUUUUCCAGCCCGAUCGGCACUACGUCCGAGUAGAAAAGGAUUUCAGCAAUCUCGUGGGCGAAGUCAAAAAAGCGAUACGGGAAGAUAGGCGGGCGGAGCUCAUGGCCGCCCGGAGCGUUGCGCUUAUGCAGUAUAUCGUCGAGAAGGAUAUUGUAUUUGAGUACUUGCAAACCCUGAUAGAAGCUUACGCGAAGCUGCUCGUAUGGGAUGAUUAGGGAUUGGGAGUUAGUCGAGAGAUACGUAUAUUGCCGUUGCUAUGGAUUAGCAAGAAGAGCGUUUCGGACAGAUGUGUGACUCAAAGAAACAUGGUGAGCCGCAUGUUCAAAAGCACAAUCAUGCAAG